UGCGUCGCACGUUCUGAAGCACGAGGCUUUGUUCCGCGGUUGUUGACGAGAUCGCUGUCUUUGGGCUGUCUUUUUACGCGCAGACGCUCGUCCUGCGACGACCAUGGAUCCAGAGGAUAUGCAGUCGGCGCCGCUUCUGGCGCCUACCCAAGAUUACUUGGCAAGCGUCAAGGUCUUUCCCCUCAUCAGGCAUCUGAGGAAGGACGUAUUGAACACUAUUGACAGCGCCCUGAGCUGGGAACAGCUUACCGCGUCCGACGUCAACUUCACCAUCGUCCGCCCCAUCGUCCUCAAGUAUGCAAAGCUCAAGAACCUUGCCGUGGUCUACGCGUGCCUCGUCGUGCGCUCGUACUUCCUCGGCGAGUCCGAGGUGAACCUCGCGUACGCGGGCGUCAUGACGUCGCGCGCGAUGCUCUGCGAGAUCCUGGCGAUGAAGCUGCAGAGCCACUUCGCGUCGAACCAUAUUGAGCUAGUUGCGGUGCUUACGACGACGUGGAGCCCCCUCGCGGGCGCGUCGAAUGCAGUGAUCGACCAGGUUCGGGACGCGUAUGGCGGGGAAGACGGGGAUGCCCCGGAGAAGAGCGCGCUGGAGAUGGCCAUCGCCACCGAAGCGAAGAAGUUCCUCGCGUCCCCCGUCACGCAAAAGGUCAUCAACGACAUCUGGUCCGGCCGCGUCGUCUUCUCCACCGAGAACCGCGCCUCGGUGCUGGCGGACAACUACAAGCCCCGCGCCAUCACGAUUUACGACCACCGCACGGCGCCCUUCCUUGACCACUACCGGCUGCGCGUCCCGCGCUAUGGCGCCGUCCUGGAGUUCUUCAACGUUGGCGUGCUGCUGUUCACUUUCUGCUUGUGCAUUCUGACCCACAAUAAUGAUCAUGUCACGUUCGGCGAGAUCCUGUUCAUCGUCUUCGCAGCGUCGUUCGUGCUGGAUGAAUACACAGCUGCAACGGAGCAUGGAUGGAUCAUCUACAUCGCCAAUAUAUGGAACGUCCUCGACUCCUCAUUCAUCGUCAUCGUCCUACUAUAUCUCGGCUUCCGCAUCCGUGGCUUGGUCGAAGGCGACCCCGACAUCUCCGACACCGGCUUCGACAUCCUGUCCACCGGCGCCUGCAUCUUGUUCCCCCGGCUUGCGUUCUUUGCGCUGAAGAAUAAUCUUGUCAUACUCUCUCUUCGCGUCAUGAUUUCCCAGUUCUUGUUCUUCAUCGGUGUCGCUGCCGUUUGCUUCUCGGGCUUGCUCUUCACAUUGUGGACUUUGGCCCGCGGCACCUCCGAAUCCGCUGGCAUCCCCGACCCGUGGACGCUGAAGAAGAUCUCGUGGCUCAUGGUGCAGAUCUGGUUCGGGAACACAUACCUCAGCUUCCAGCAGGCGUCGAGCUUCCACCCGUUCUUUGGACCAAUUUUGAUGACGAUCUUUGCGGCGAUGGCGAAUACGCUUUUGUUGACCAUCCUUAUAUCGAUUCUGUCGAAUACGGUGGCGCAGAUUAAUGAGAAUGCGACGGAGGAGUAUCUUUAUCAGUUCGCUAUCACGACACUUGAAGGGUUGCAAGCGAGCGCGCUCGUCUCCUAUCAGCCACCAUUCAACCUCCUUGCUUUGGUCUUGCUCAAGCCCUUCAGCUACAUCUUGUCUCCCAGGCGCCUGCAUUCAGCAAACGUCUUCUUGAUUAAGCUCACGACCUUCCCGAUUCUGAUCAUUAUCGGCGUAUAUGAACGCUUCCUUGCCGCUGGGCGGGAGUGGCGCGAGACUGGGCGCGACAGCCCGAGCCUCUUCACUAGCUUGCCGCGCCAGCUGAAGAAUAUGCCGAUAUUGGAGGGCUUAGUGGGUACCAGGGCGGAGGAUUUGGUAGAGGCUAUCUUCGACGUUGACGAGGAACACGACGAUGACUUGUUCCAGACAAGCAAUGAAGAGGACGAAGAGCGCCAGGGACGCCGCUACUAUGGUUCUCGGGAACAUUCAAGGACGCCGACCAGGGGGCUAGCUUCGCCGCCCGACGUUAUACGGCGCUUGCGUGCCGAACGCCAGACGUCGCGUCCACGGCCACGGACUCGCACACUGUCGUCUGCCAGCGAGGUUGUGGCGACGGCUGAGGUGCCUUCUGGUCCUCUUAGUCCACUGGCGAAGUUCUUUGGGUAUGGCAGGGAAGGGAAGGAGGCCGACCCGGCGAGCGUGGCAAACGUGCAAGCAAGUAUGAAGAGAAUGGAGGCGGCGCUCGACGACGUGAAGGACCUUCCGGUGCAGAAGCUGAGGGACGAGAUGAAGGAGAUGCAGGAGCGGCAGGCGAGGAUAGAGAACCUGCUCAUGACUUUGACGAGAGGGAUGCGCCACGAUUCGCUGUGAAGCUCACGACAUUGGACGAUUGGUGGUGGCAGCGGUUGAGCUAGGCUGUCCGGCUAGAUGUAGACUGCUGUACGUACUGUAUGUAAUAUAGAGGUCGAGGCUGCAGGAACCCGAGGACAUCGCCUGGUUGUAGGUCCCCCACGUGUCGCGGCCGU